GGCUAGUGACUUCAGCCCAAGAGAACUGGAAUCCUAACACAGGUCUGAUUAAAAUUGAAAUAAGUUCAGUUAUAUCAAGAUGCUUUCGAAAAUCAAUAAGAAACUAUUGCCAUUUAAAGCCUACUUCUUCUUUAAAUCUGGAGGGAACAGUGGCUGUUACAGGACUGACGUACGGUACUGUUUGGCCAUUUGAGUUUAUCUACUUAAACGAAGUAGCCAAAAAUUGGGAUCCAACAUUUGAUGACAGCAAACUACUUCAGGGGUUGUCUCUCUUCGUUGAUUGUUUCAUUGGAGAAGUCCUAUUCUUCUUCUUCUCAGCCCACAUUAUCAAGAGGAUGACAACCGUACACACUUUUUCACUGACACUGGCAGCAACAGCGAUGAGAAUUUUGUUAUACUCUUUUGCAACGAACCCAUGGCUGUUUUUGCCAAUACACCUGCUUCAUGGGCCGUCUUUUGCCGUUUUCUUUGCCAAUAUGAUAACAUCAGCUGGCAAAAUGGCUCCUAAAGGAGCCCAGGCUACAUUGCAAAGUACUGUCAAUGCGUUUUUUACGAUUGGAAGGUCUCUUGGUGCCUUAGUUGGUGGCAUAUCGAUGCGAAACCUUGGUGGAUCAAGAACGUAUUUCAUUCUGGGAAUAUUCGUCACUUGUUACACGGUUUUUUAUACUGUUCUCACUUGCUUCGUCUUAAAGAAGAAAUCUCAUCAUACAGCAGGAGAUAAUCUGGGUGACUAUGAAAAUGCAAAUCAAGGACGUAUAGAAAAUUCGAAGGAUGUUGAUGAAGGCAAUGGAAAUGGAGAGCCGAUUUCCGGAAGCGUAUGUCAACUGGAUGUAAUGUCAUAAAGUUCUGAAAUGCUGAUUUUGUUAGCGUUCGCCUGACGUUCCUGAAAUUGCUCUCAGUGACCUUUGAGAGUCGCUGUAGUUGUUUCUGUGGAGACCGUCAGUGAUUAAUAUACAUGGUAUUAUGGUUUUUAUUCUGUUCAAAACGAAUACCAAUAAGGUUAAAAAAAAAUCAUUGUUUCUGACCCACUUUCAAAUAACAUCUCUACAUGUUGAAGCAAUACGAAACUCUAAACAGUCACUGAUAUACCAAGCGAUGAUUAUUUUAGUUAUCGUAACUCAUCGAUUUUAUACCAGAGGAAAAACGCUCCUGCUAAAUUCUUUAACAUUACAUUAGUAUUAUGAUGAAGUUCUUCGAUAUCGAAUACGCUGUGACAGAUUUAUAUUCCUAAGGUGCUUUCUGUUACGCCGGUAAUUACUGUUGCACUAUAUAAGUUUUAAGCACUUAAAUCACAAAGUUAUUCUAGCUUAUUUUUCAUUGUUUUCUUGAAACGUGUUAGGAUCAUGUUAGGCUUAGUUCUGUAAGUUAUCUUUUUAGACAGUUACUAUUACUUAUGAAUUUUACUUGUAAAAACUUAAACCAUAGGAACUAGAUAUAAGUAUACAAAAAUAAAUAUGCAUUUAUGUUU